GUAAAAUGUCUAUUUAUUUUUUAUUUAUUUAUUUAUUUGUAACCUACAAUAUUUUUUUUUAGCGUGUUCGGUCCCUGGUGUGCGCGAAUUUGCGGCCGGCCAGAGGGGGCAGCCUGGUGCAGCAGAUUUUCCGCCGCUCUUUUUAUUUUCACCACGAUAACCGAAAAAUGACUGACGAGGUCAAAAGUGCUAAAGAUGCGCUUGUGUCUGCUCUCGUGGAGCUGUCAAAGGCAGCCAGUGAUGCGUCGAAAGCCACGUUCCUGUUCUUCAACGCGUUGGAAAACAACAACACUGACCGGUCGUUGUUCGAAGACCUGAUGGUUCCCAUCGUGGGGCAUGACUCGGUCCCUAUGCUUGCGAACAUGGGACACCACGACAAAAAGGAGGACAAGAAGAAGAAAAGAGCCCCUAAGGACCCCAAUGCUCCAAAGAAACCUUUGACUUCGUUCUUUUUGUACUCAAACGCCAUGAGAGAUAUUAUCGUCAAGGAGAGAAUGCUCUCGGGCGAAAGCAGCCUCUCACAACCUGAGAUCGCUCAGGAGACAUCCAGGAGGUGGAAGGAGCUCAGUGAAAGCGAGAAAGCCAAAUGGAAGGAGCUGUAUGAAGAGCAGAAAGCCAUGUAUGAGGAGGAAAACAAGAAAUAUCUUCUGGCAAAGGAAACCGGCGCUGCAUAUACUGCUCCUAAGAAACCGGAGACUGCUCCUACCCCUUCUAGCCUGAAGAAGAGCGACCACGAGAAGAAGAAGGAGAAGAAGAAGAAGAAGAAGGAAAAGCAGCAGCAGCAACAGCAACUCCUUAUGAGCGAAUAG